CUCGAGCUUCACAGAGUUCAAACCAUCAUUGGUAUCCAAUGGCCGGCAUCAAUUCCUCUUGCAAUGGCUGGUUCACCUGCUGGGAAAUGUGAAAGGGACUUGCAUCUUCGGGCUUGUUCAUCUUGAGUCGAGGGCCGUUCCCCUAGCAACGUAUUGCACUGCAUCUCUUCGGUGUCAAGGCUCAAAGAUUCAGGAGUUCAAUUUGGAAGUUUCCAGUUCUAAAAUUCUCAGACCUGCGUAAUAUGACCCGAGCUCAAUAGACAUAAUGGCCGAGGCGAGCGACUGGAGAAGCUCACUCAGCGCUUCGGAGCGUUAUGAUAAUGUUCAGCGACUGUCUAGAUUAGUAGCGGCUGCUGGCAUAAGUCAAAGUGCCUUCGCGGUCGAGAACGAGGCGUACAAGAAUGCAAAUACCAGGGAGGAGUACGACUCAGCCUGCAACCCCCCAGCCGCGGAAGCAGCUGUUGAACCCGAUGCCUCUCCGCAACUAGCCCAAACCUCGACCACAGACGACGAAGGGUCUGGGCCUGGCAUCAGCAUUGGCCACUACCAAAACUGUCACUACAUCGCCAGCGGCGUAACCGCCGAGGUCUACCGCUCGCAAGCCCGCGCGCUCAAGGUCAUCGUCGAGAGUCACAGCAUCGAGCCGCACAACCCCCAACGCGAGGCCAAGCUCCUUGCUGCCCUCCGCGAUGAAAAUGCCCCCAACAUCAUCCCCCUCCUCGAAACCUUCCGGGACCACGACCAGCGCUUCGUCCUUGUCUUCCCCUACAUGCCCCUCACCCUCGCCCAGGUGCUCGACCAGGCCCAGUCACCGCUGCCAUACCCGUUGACGCGGCAGAUCUUCGCCUCCCUCUUCCGCGCUCUCGCUCAUCUGCACACCCAGGGCAUCAUUCACCGCGACGUCAAGCCCUCCGCGAUCCUUCUCUCCUCAACCAGCGCAGCAACCCUUAACACCACCGCCAACACGCCCGUCUCGGAAAACCUGCAGCUCUACCUCUCCGACUUUGGCACGGCCUAUCAUCCAACCCUGACCCCCACGUCAGGCGACGAAACCGACUCACACAAAGUCCUAGACGUAGGCACGGGUCCCUACCGGGCACCCGAAUGCCUGUUUGGCAACCGGGCCUACACUUACGCGGUCGACCUGUGGGCCGCGGGGUGCGUGCUGGCCGAGUGCGUGGCGCGCCCGCGGCCCAAACCGCUCUUUGACUCGCCCCCGGCGCACGAGGACGGCAACCAGCUGGGGCUGAUCCUGAGCAUCUUCCAGACCAUUGGAUCGCCGACGCCCGAUACCUGGCCUGAGGCGAAGGGGUUUCGCACGCCACCUUUUGACAUGUACCGUGUCUUUGAGGGCAAGGGCGGUUGGGAGGUGGUGUUGCCUGGGGUAAAGGCUGAGUGGAGGGAUUUGGUGGCUGGGUUAGUCAGGUAUGAGAGUGGGGAGAGAGUGAAGGCUUGGGAGGCGUUGGAGUUUCCGUGCAUGAAAGAACCGUGAGUGGGUAUGGGAUGAUGACGGUUGAGUGGACCAGCGGGUUGGAGGACAUGCACGAGGGGAGAAAUAUAGUUGCCGUCUUGUCGAUAGCUUCUCCAAGUCUAGACACUGACGAUUAGAGAAGUUUAUCCGAUGAAUGCUCCCUUCUAUAUAUGCCUCGGGUCGAGAUCUAUAGCGACUGCUCGAGCGAGGAUCUUCUGAGUCUACCGCAAUCUAGUUUUCCGCAGGACCCCAAAUCUAUAGCAGCGCGAA